AUGCUCGCGAUCGCGAGCGCCUUUCGACGCGAUCGCGCCGCGGUGAAAAACGACCGAUUGAAAGGGGUUGACACUAUCGCGCGACGCGAGAUUCUUCUGUUACAGCAACGCGGCCGAGGCCGCGCCGCGCCGCGGCCCGUUUCAAGCAGCUUCAAGCUCUCGACGGCGCCGAGCCUCCUCGUCACUCUCGCGCGUCGCUCAGCAAGAAUGGCCUACUACCCCCCUCCCCCCGUGCAAGCGCCGCCGGCGGCCGUCUACGCGGUGCCGCAGCCUGUGAUGGCGCAGCCGACGAUGAUGCAGCAGCCGGUGAUGCAGCAGCCGAUGGUCAUGCAGGCGGCGCGCCCCGCGGUGAUGUCUCCCAUGAUCGCGUCGCCCGCGGGGUACUACGACGAGCAGAAGUACUGCGGUCCCAUCUCGCUGUGCAUCGGGUUCUUCAUCUUCCCGUGCAUCUGCUGCUGCCCGGUCGACACGAGGAGGACGUGGAUUCCGAACAAGAUGACGGUGAUUUGUUAGAGAAGCGCGCUUUUGGAGCGCCGGCGAGCGCUGCGCGGAGCGAGGAGGACGGACGCGCGAUCGCGCGUCUCGGUACUCGUUUUAGGUGCACCUUUCCUGCACUGUGGACGAUUUGAUUUCUCUCAGAGCGGACGCCGCGACGACGGGACGCGGCUUCGCGGUCAACCGAUCGUUCGAUUUUCCGACUAGUUGACCCGUGGUUGUAAUUUGCAUAUGCUAUUGAUCGUUA